AUGGACAAAAGGCUACGUUUGGUCACCGGAGGUGCAGGUUACAUUGGAUCGCACGCAGUUGCUGAGUUGAUUGAGAAUGGGUAUGAAUGUGUUGUGGUUGAUAAUUUGUGCAACUCAUCUUACGAAUCUGUGGCUCGCUUAGAGCUAUUGACAAAACAUUACAUUCCAUUCUGCAAGGUGGAUCUAUGUGACCGCGAGGGACUGGAAAAAGUGUUCCAAGAGUACAAAAUUGAUUCUGUCAUUCACUUCGCUGGUUUGAAAGCUGUUGGGGAGUCUACAAAAAUUCCCUUGACGUACUUCCACAAUAAUAUCCUAGGAACGUUGGUUCUUCUGGAAUUGAUGGAAAAGUACCAUGUUGAAAAGCUGGUGUUCUCGUCCUCGGCAACUGUGUACGGAGAUGCCACGAGAUUUCCUAAUAUGAUUCCAAUUCCUGAAGAGUGUCCAUUGGAUCCAACUAAUCCUUAUGGUCACACGAAGUUUACAAUUGAGAAGAUUUUGCAGGAUCUUUACGCUAGCAACACGAAUAUCUGGAAAUUCGCUAUCCUGCGUUAUUUCAAUCCUAUUGGCGCUCAUCCAUCAGGACUAAUUGGUGAGGAUCCUUUGGGUAUUCCAAACAAUUUGCUUCCAUACAUGGCUCAAGUCGCUGUUGGCAGACGUGAAAAACUGUAUGUGUUUGGUGAUGACUAUGAAACUAGAGAUGGUACACCAAUUCGUGAUUACAUCCAUGUGGUAGACUUGGCCAAGGGUCAUAUUGCAGCGUUGAAAUACUUGGACGCACACAGUACUGACGGGUUGUGUCGUGAGUGGAACCUGGGAUCAGGUACAGGCUCUACUGUGUUCGAAGUACACCGCGCUUUCGCUAACGCUUCAGGCAAAGAGAUCCCAUAUGAGGUCACUGGAAGAAGAGCAGGUGACGUGGUAAACUUGACAGCCAAGCCGGAUAGGGCAAAAGAGGAACUUAAAUGGCAGACUCACCUUGAUGUCGGCAUGGCUUGUACCAAUUUGUGGAAAUGGGCAACGGAAAAUCCUUUUGGCUAUCAAUUGAAGGGUGUACAUGCUAGAUUUGCAGAGACGGAAAAUGAUUACGAGUCGAGGUUUAUCACCAUAGGUGCUGGCACUAGUUUUGAGGCAACCGUGGCUAAUCUUGGGGCAACUUUGGUUGAUUUGAAGGUUAAUGGACAAUCUGUUGUAUUGGGUUAUCCAGAUGGAAAGGGUUACAAAGAGGGCAACUGUUACGUUGGUGCGACGAUUGGUCGUUACGCUAAUCGUAUCGCCAAAGGCUCGUACAAUUUACCAGAUGGCGCUCACAGGUUGAGUGUGAAUGAUGGCGCAAACACAAAUCAUAGCAGUAUUAGUUCGUUCCACCAGAAAACUUUCAUGGGACCUUUGGUUGAUAAUCCCUCCAAGGAAAUAUACACUGCAGAAUUCUUAUUAUUAGAUGGUGAGUCGCAGACGAACGAAUUCCCAGGAAAGCUGCAUGUGUCUGUCAAAUAUACUUUGAAUGUGUUGGAAAAGUACCUCGAUAUUGCUUACGAAGCUCAAUUGCUCGAAGGGGAAGCCACCCCAAUUAACAUGACAAAUCACACAUACUUUAACCUGAACAAGAUCUACAACGACCAAUCUUUCAGCGGUACGGAAAUUAAGGUUGUAUCGAACAAAGCUGUAGAUGUCGAUUCGGCUGGAAUUCCAACUGGCGAAAUAGUGCCCAAAGCUAUUAGCACGCUAGAUUCCACUACCAGCACGGUUUUGCGUAACGAUGGUCCUUCCUAUGAUAAUUGCUUUAUUGUGAGUGAAAACGAAAAGUUGAACUCAACAGACUCCACUCGCGACAACGAACUAAUAGUGGUUGCCGAGGCCGCUCAUCCUGAGUCAGGUAUCUCCCUAGAAGUUCUUACCACAGAACCAUCCUUUCAGCUCUACACUGGUGACUUCCUGUGUGGCGCUUUUGCCCCACGAUCUGGAUUUGCGGUAGAACCUGGCAGAUACGUUGAUGCUGUAAACAUGGGAAAAUGGAGAAAUAAUGUCAUUCUGCAACGUGGUGAUGUUUACGCUUCCAGAAUCCAAUACCGUUUCAAAAACUAUCAUGAUUUGUAA